GAGAUCGAAGCGCCACGCUGACCCUCCUCACCUCGACCUUCCAGAGACUUGGCAGCGACGGAAGACUCGGACCCUCCCCUCGAUCUGGAAUCCACGCCGCGUCAUUUCCUCUUCGCAGCGGCACCGAAGAAGUCCUCUCCUCUCGACGCUGGGGAAAUUUCCGCCUCCAAUCACGAGGAAGACCAUCGCCAAAUCCACGGACAGCCGGGGACCCCGGACACCAUAGAGACCGCCCGAGCGAUGACGAGCUUCCUCGCUCGAACCGGAAUCUGGAAAGACGCAAAGGUGUCUUUUGGAGUGGCAGUUGUCAUGGAAACCAUUUCGCGCAUCGAGGCGUUCCUGGACGCGGUCGCCUUCUCCUCGCCCUCCGACGCGGCGCCGAUCCUCUCCGAUCUCAUCGUCGCCAGCGGCAGGAUCGCGGAGGAGUUGGAAUGGCAACUGGAGAAUGGAGAUUGCGACGUGGAUCCAGAACGUUGGGAUUUUUGCUCUCCGAUGGACUUUCAUUUUCCUAUUCUCAAGAAAAAAGAGACGCAGCGAUGUUGCUCCGCGCAAGAUCGAUCCCAUUCGGAAUCUCAGGGACUCGGCGAGGCCGUGGACGCAGUCCUGGAAAAGGCCAUCGCCAGGGUUGUCAGAUGUCUCCACGUCGGGGAAGGGAUGAACAUCACUGCUCCUGACGGUUCCUCCCUCAUAGCGAAAAAGGUCCGUGGACUGGACGCAUUCGAGGAGCCCAUCACGACCCCUUCAGGCACGAAUAUACUAUUCCCUCGAUGUCCUUUGGCGGACUGCGACAGACCCAUUGCGACGACCGUGUUGGAGACGCCUCGCACCAUCAGAAACGGGGAUCGGAGAAGCGCAGAACUCGCGAGGGGGACCCCGACGGUGACGAUAGACGUGAGGGAGGACGACGGGACCAUCAUCCCCGUCCGACAUCUGGACUCCCCGAUGAGCUUGGAGCUGCCGGUCGCCGAAAUCCACAUUCCACCGUGCACGUACGUGAACCCGUCGGAAGCGCUGAAGAGGAGAAGGAUCCCGAUCGUGUUCCACUCCUUCCCCAAGCCGAAGAACCGAGGUCUCUUCUUGGAGUUCACCAUCCCUCCGGAGGCAGCGGACGAGCAGAAUUUCCUUAUUCUCGUCGGGUCGGGCGGGGGGCCGAGGUCUGGGGAUUCCCGCAGGGAUCGCCGGAGUUCCGGGGCGUUUCAAGUUCGGCGUCUCCGUCAUGUCGAAGAAACAUCAAUCCAGAUCGUUUCUCCUGAAAAAAAUGGAGCUGAGAAGACCUUCGACCUGUCUUCCAUCUCGUCAGGUCAACCUGGAUUGUACCGGAUCCUCGCCUCCCUCGAAGGAAGCGAAGAGCGCCCUGGCUCCGAUCCGCAGCGCAUGACCGUCGGCGUCUCGAUGCUCAAGGAGGACGUGGCCUUCGAGGAGAUGCUCGGGGAGGCCGCCUUCGAGGAGAUGCUCGGGGGGGCCGCCUUCGAGGACGUGCUCGAGGGGGCCGCCUUCGACGACGUGGCCUGGAAGUACCUGCAGCGCUUUGACAUUCCGUACUGCCUGCACACAGUCGACGUCGGCGUCCUAUACUGGAAUGAGACCCUCAACAAGUACAUGGAUGAUGGCAUCCACGUACUGGAGGCGACGUGGGACAGGGUGAGGGCCUCGGCGACCCACCUGACCGUCUUCGGGGGCAGCUUCUUCGUCGUGCCGAACCAGGUGGACUUCGUGUACGUGUUCGCCCACUCCGGCUUCGGCGACAACGUCACCAUCUACCUCACCCUCGUCUUCACCGUCUCCAUCUACGUCUCCCUCGUCAUUUGGGCCCGGUGGCAGGACAGGCUGGACUUCAAAACGAUAGGAUCGCUGCCCUUGCCGGACAACAAGCCAGAGGACAAAUACAUAUACGAGAUCCUCGUUUCCACGGGGGAUAAGUCCAGUUCCUCGACCGAUUCCGUCGUCUCGUUCAUCUUGAGCGGGGAAUUCGACGAGACGGACGUGAGGACCUUCGGGAAGCCUUCGAGGCCGGUGUUUCGGAAGGGGGCGAAAGAUUCCUUCGUAAUGACGUGUCCCAGGCCUCUGGGUCCCCUGAAUUACUUGCGGAUCUGGCACGACAACUCCGGGCGAGGGAAUUACCAGUCCUGGUUCCUCAACUACAUGACGGUGAGAGACUUGCAGACCGGGGAGAAGUACGACUUCAUCGGCAACACCUGGUUCGCCGUCGAGGAAGGGGAUGGAGAGAUCGACCGACUGCUGCCGGUGGCGAGCGCGGAGCAGCGACAGGACACGGAGUACCUGUUCAGCACGCACUCCCAGCUGAAUCUUCGCGACGGGCACCUCUGGUUCUCGGUGUUCCUGCGGCCGGCGGCGAGCCGGUUCACUCGGGUGCAGCGGGUGUCGUCCUGCAUGGCCUUCUUCUAUCUCUCCAUGCUCGUCAGUGCGAUGUGGUACAGUCGGGUUCGGAGCCAGCCGCCUGGAGGAGGGAUCCACUUUGGGCCUUUCACGCUGUCUCCGGAGGAGAAUGAUGGAGUAAAGAUGGAAGAGGAUGCUGCCGGAGUGGCAGCAUCCUGGUCCUCAGACCGAAUCGAUAUCUUCUUCCGUAGUGUUCUUGCCUUCGACUUCGCCGUGCCCGUGAAUGGGUUCGUGCUUGUCCGGAAAUGUGCGCAUGCUGCUUAUGUCUUUGUCGAUUUCUUACCCUCUUUGCUCGUGUAUUCGAAUUUCCACCGAAACCAUAACGUUACGAUCGGAGUCGGAGUGAUGUCGAACAUCAUCACAUUUUUCCCAGCGACCCUGAUCGUGACCAUGUUCCGCAAGGCGCGGCGACGCCAGCUCCGGCCCUCGAGGAUUGACAUCGCCCUCGGAAGGCCGGCCGACGGAGGAUCGCCCCCUGGACCGCAGCACCCGUCGGAUCUGAUGGCCAAACGGAAGAAGAAGUUCCUGCUGCCGUGGUGGUUCCGCUACGUCGCCUGGGCGCUUGUGGUCGGGGCCAUUGGGACCAGCACUUUCUUUCUCGCCGCUUUCGGGAUUCAGUUCGGGAACGAAAAGACGAGGCUCUGGGUCACGUCCGUCGUCACCUCCUUCUUCUCCUCCAUCCUCAUCGUCCAACCUCUCAAGGUAUCCGUGCCUGGAUUAAGGUAUUCGGAUCCGACCUGGAAGCCCCGAAAGGUCCACUACCGCCCCAUGGACCGAGCCAAAUUGGAGGCGGCCAGGGAGAAACGCAAAAGGGAGAAACGCAUGUGGGCCAUCCUCAGGGAGAUCAUGACCCACACCCUCUUCAUGUGCCUGAUCCUCGUCUUGUCUUACGGGAAUCGGGAUCCGAAUGCCUUCUAUCUGAAGCGGGCGAUGGAGGCCAAUUUGAUCAGGAUCGGGAACGAGGAAAUCGACUUCAGUAAGGUGUCAAACGCGAACGACUUCUGGAAGUGGCUGCACGCCGUGGUGCUGCUGGAGGUCCGGGCCCAGCCGCUGUACAACGGGAACGCGCCGUGGGGCCUCAGGGGAUACAUGAACGACGGGGCCAAUCGGGUGCUCGGGUAUCCGAUCCUCAGGCAGAUCCGAGUUCGGCCCUAUGCCUGCCCAGUGGCGAAGAGGGUGUUCGACAGGAACAUGACCCACUGCGCGGCGACUGCGACGAUCGUCAACGAAGACCAUGAUAAUUACUGCACGGCCUGGCGGAAACCGAAGAAGAUAUCCGAUGCUGGUAGUCCCGAGUGCUCGUGGGAGGAGUUCAAGUACACAAAAGCGGAAAAGCUGAACGCCUACCCGAUCGUGGGCCACCUAGACGCCUACAGCGGCGGGGGAUACGUCAUGCGCAUCACCGGGAGACAGGAGGACCUCGCCGACAGAUUCGUCGAGCUGCAGCGGGCGCAGUGGAUCAGCAAGCACACCAGGGCCGUCAUGCUCGAAUUCUACACGUACAACGCUCAGGUGAAUCUGUUCGGAUUGGGUCGAGUCAUGGCGGAGGUGCUGCCGGGAGGAGGGAUGUUUCCAUCGUGGAGGUUCGACGGGAUCAGCCUCCUGCCUCACCAGACUGGGUUCGGGGUCUUCGUCUUCAUCUGCGAGAUCGUCUUCCUCCUCUUCGUCAUUCAUAACACCUACCAGAUGGUGAAGGCCGUGUGGCAACAGAGGAGGAGGUACCUGGACGAGUACUGGAAUUAUGCGGAAGGGGCGAUGGUCAUCGUGGAGUGGACGGCAGUUGGACUCUACUUCGUUCGGUCUAACGUCACCGGUGCGGUCCUCAAGGAGAUCGACGAGACGUACGGGAACGAUUACGUGAGGUUGCAGUAUGUGAGCAUCAUCGACGAGGUCUUUGGGUACGCGGUGGCCUUCAUCUGCUCCAUGGCGAUGAUCACCUUCAUGAAGCUCCUGCGGUUCAACAAGAGAAUCGGGAUCCUGUCGGCGACGAUUAGGCAGUGCUGGGAGGAGCUGACGGGAUAUGCCUUCGUCUUCUGCAUGGUAUUCAUCGGAUUCGGGCUCAUGUUCUACCUCUUCUUCCACCGGACUCUGGAGGAAUGGUCCAACUUCGUCACGGCCAUGGAGACGUGCUUCUCCAUGAUGCUGGGCAAGUUCAAGUUCGAGUCCAUGAAGGAAGACAACACCAUGGCGUCCAUCUUCUUCUUUCUCUUCGCCAUCGCGCAGAGCAUCAUCAUGAUCAACAUCCUGCUCACCAUCAUCAUCCGCUCCUUCGAGGUCGUGAAGAACGACAUCGCGAAGCAACCGAACGAGUACGAGAUGCUGGAGUUCAUCUGGAGUCGUCUGAGGAUCUGCGUCGGCAUAUCUCCCUACGGACGCGGCAACAAGGUGGCCCACGAGGUCCAGAAGGAGCAGAAAGAGGAGGAAUUUCCGGAAGUGAAGAAAUUCGAGGAAAAGAUGGAGGCCAUGUUUUAUCAUCUCAAUCAGGUCUACUUCGACGGCUCUCUCAACUACGAUGAUUUCCUUUGGAAGAGCAAAAAGGUUCACCAAAGGCAUGUCAGCGGUCACCACCACAGUGACAGGAAUUGA